CGCGCGAGGCGCGCGAUGGCGACGACGACGACCGCCCCCGCGACGCUCCGCGGCCUCGCGCGAGGACGAGGACGCCGCGCCGACCCCUCGCGUCGUCGCGGCGCGCUCCGUCGCCAUCGAGGACGCGCCGCGACGACGACGACGACGACGACGACGCGCGCGCUCUUCGGCGACGGCGACGACGUCGAGACGAAGAUCGACGACCCGCUGCUGCGCCGCGCGGUGAAAGAGCCGAUCGCGUUCUUCGGCGGGAUGGCCGCGGGGAUGUUCGGGCUGGACGUCGGCGAGGACGGGCCGCUGAAGCGGUGGGUGGAGGACGCGAGCGGCGGCGGCGGGAGACGGGGGGUGGAGGACGCGGCGGCGGCGGCGGCGGCGACGGCGGCGACGACGGCGGCGACGACGCGCGCGAGCGCGAGCGUCGACGGGUUCAAGGACGAAUCUCCGAAAUCGGCCUCGGCCUCGGCCGCCGCCGCCGCCGCCGUAGAUGAUGAAAAAUAAACGCGCAGGCCUAAACCGUCGCACUACGUCCGAGCCUUCGGCGGCGCCCUCGGAGGCAGACGCUUCAGCGUCUUCGCGUCGAACUCCCGCACGUCGUCGAUCCCGAACGUGUUUUUAUAUCUGUCAUCGGACGACAGCGACACAUCACGAUCCUGUCAGAUGUGAUUUCCCGCUCGCUCCGCCAACCCGUCAUAAACGCGGAGACCUAGACAGUUACAUAAAUAAAUGUGCUACGC